UUAGGAAAAGAUAGAGCACGAGGAGGACGCGUAGCGAACAGACUACAGUUGUGUCGACGUCGUGUCUCCGUGACGAGCCCGACGGCACAUCACUGUGCGCUCCCGCCGACCUACCAAAGCCAAAGCCAAACCCAAACCCAGAGCUUCAAAGCAAAAAAGCAAACAAGACUCCAAAGAGGGAAAUGAAGAUGCCACGAGCAAAACAUCACAUCACUUGAAAUAUAUCCACCAUAGUACUCAAAGACACAAACUCUCUCUCUCUCUCUCUCUCUCUCUCUCUGAAGAUAGGUAGAGUGAGGAAAUGGAUAACGUGGCACAGGCGGUAGGAGUGGACGCAGUGGGUCUAAUAUCGAUGAUCGUAACGGCUGCCAGGAACGCCAAAAUGCAUCGGAAGAACUGCGAGAAGAUGGCGGGGCAUGUGAGGAUGAUCAGGAACUUACUGGAGAAGCUCAAGUCUACGGAACUCAGGAAGUUUCCGGCAACCGGUGAACCACUGGACCAGCUAGAGGAGUCGCUCCGAAAAGCGCUGGAUCUGGUAGAGAGUUGCAGAGAGAAGAGUUACCUCUACUUACUUGCCAUGGGAUGGAGUUUGGUGUAUCAGUUCCGUCAAGUUCAGGCCGAGAUCGAUCGCUACCUCAAACUCGUCCCCUUGAUCUCUCUCGUCCACGGUUACCGCUUUCAGCCACAGGAGCAUUUGCAAGCUAUUGAAGAUGACCAGAGAAAUUACACUUUAGAUGAAGAGGAUGCAGAGGCCCAAGGGGCUGUGUUGAAGUCUGAUCUUACAAAGGAAGAUGCAAAAAUUUUGGAGAAGUCAAUGUCUCGCAGGUAUCCUCACUUGGAAUUCAAUGACGCUCUUCAGGAGGAAAAUAAUAAGUUACACAUUGAGUUGCAGAGAUCACAAGCCGACAACAAUAUCCAAGAAUGCACUGUGAUUCAACAUCUCAUUGAGGUUACAGAGAACGUUAUUAACGUGUUUCCUGAAAAGGACGGGGCUAAACACCGACAAAUUACCAAGUCCUGUGACUUGAAAUCAGAAUGUCACAGCAAAUCCAAGUGGAAAACUGAUCUUUUUGAUUGUUGCAUUGAACCUCGUCUAUGCUUGAAGACUUGCUUCUGUCCAUGUGCCACAUUUGUAUCGAUAGCAAAUGUAGUAUCAGGAGGAAAAACUUCUAGAGGACAAGCAUGUCAUGACCUGAUGGCUUACUCCUUUGUUCUUGGAUGUUGCUGUUAUACUUGUUGCGUGAGAGGAAAACUUAGGAAACUAUUUCAUAUAGAGGGAGGCCUGUGUGAUGACUUUUUAAGUCAUGUCAUGUGUUGCUGCUGUGCACUGAUUCAAGAGUGGCAUGAGAUUGAACUCAGAAGCUACGACGGUUAUCAAGGGAAGAGUUUGACCCCUCCACCGUUUCAGGAUAUGAAGCCUUAGACCUGUUAUUUAAUCCCAUCGCUGUCCUGUUUCACUGAUCUCUCUCUCUCUCUCUCUCUCUCUCUCUCUGUGUAGUUAAGGAUAUAUUCUACCUCCUAUACCCACAAAUACAUAUACAUGCACAUUUAGACAGAAUUUGGCAAAGUUAAGGCAGACAGAAAAUGAAGCAGCGGGCUAUGUAAAAAAUGGAAGAGAGGCCAAUGCUGUGUCUGAUUUAUCAUGUGAAGUUGUUGAACUGGCUAGGAUUUUAUUUUUCGAAAAAUUGAUCUUAUUAGCAGGAAAAGCAGGGAUCUGCUGCUGGGAAGUUCUCAUGAUGAUCCAGGACCAAUUAAAUUUAGAUUGCUAGUGUAUUUCUUUGAUAUUAUGUGAAGUUGAACUGGCCAGGAAGCUUUCAAGAUGAUCUAGGCUUAAGUUAAAUUCAGAGUACUUUGUGUAUCCUUGAUGUUGAAUGUCAGUAGAGUGAACAGAUUAAAGAAUUCAAUUAGUAGUGCAGCAAGUAUGGCAAACAUAAUCUGUAAUACACUUGAUUUUGACCCUGUUGGUAGAUAUUGGGAUUUUUCUCAUUGUA